AUGCGAUUUUUUCUGAUUUUUAUCUUUCUAUCGACCAGAUUUGCUCUUCCAGGAAGAAAGAUUGAGGACACUCCGCGGAUUUCUGAGCUUUAUGGACGAUUCUAUGGAAGGAAUGUUCGCCUGGGAGAGCAGAUUACGAUUGGCAGAGAACUUGCGAACUCAAUUCUGAGCAUGAAAACCGAUCUUGGAUUGGCAAGCACGCACGUAUCGGAAGAAUUUGCUUAUGAUUUGGAAGAAUUUGACGGUGGCGAGUAUCAUGAAGAUCUUGAAUCGCCCGUGGAAUCUAUUCCUGCAAUUGUCGAAGAUUUGAUGAAGAAAUUCAAGGAGAAAGCGAAGUUCGAUAAGUCGAAAUUGCCAAAAAUGACCUCGUUUCUUCCGCAUCGCUUUGGAUACUUUCAUUGA